UGUGGAUUUCUUUUAUUCUCAAGUUGUAGAUAAGUAAAGCAUUGAUUUCCUAGUCAAGGUAUGUUAUUUUCUUCAAAUGUACCCUAGUUUUGGUUCUGAUUUCGGGAAUCAAAUUGUAUCUCGCCUCGAAUUUUUUCGUCCGUCGUGGUCAAAGUACCCAAAAUUGUUUGACCAAAUCCGAUACGGAUCUCAUACCAAUACCCACACCCAUACUAGUGUCGUGUCGACAUAGGUGCGGCACCUAAACUGCGGUGUCGGAGCAACUUAGGAACAAAUUCUCACAUUGCAGAAGUAGUUCUUUGCCCUUUGUAUGUCCUGAAAGUAAAGAGUUUUGAUUCACCAAAAAAUCAACAGAACUGAUGGAACCACCAACAAGUUGAUAAAUGACGGGAACAGUAACGGUUUCAACGGCUUGCACUAAACAGUGUGUGGCAGAAAUGCAUUGAAAAAAGCAAAACAAACAAAAGGAGCCAAAAUAGAAUAACAGAUCUUACUUAAGCAAGAAACCACUCAAAACAGUGAAGCAAUCAUAACUACUACAAUAAAUACACCCUCUGUGCUUUCCUUCUAACAUCCCAAAAACAACAAAGGAGCUAAAGAAGCAAACAAGCCUAACCUUGAAAUAUUCCACACACAAGAAAGAUGAAGGGUAUCAUCAUUUCAGUGAUUACAGUGUUAGUCAUGAUUCAGCUCAUGGUUGAGCCAGGACAGGCUCUUACCUGUGGUCAAGUGGAUGCUUCUUUAGCACCUUGUGUCCCUUACCUUACUCAGGGUGGCGAACCUGGAACUGCGUGUUGUAACGGAGUGAAAGACUUGAAAGUUAUGGCUCAAUCUAUAGCUGAUAGAAGGACAGCCUGCAAUUGUGUCAAGGCUGCUGCCAACCGAUAUGCAAAUCUGAAGGAUGAUGCUGCUCAGGCUCUCCCUAGCAAAUGUGGUGUUACAAUGGAUAUUCCCGUCUCUCGUACUAUCAACUGUGACAUGUAAGCUUAUUAUCAUAUGAUUAUACAUCUCAAUUAGUGUUAUUGCACAUUCUGACUUGUUUCUUUUUGCAGAAUCAACUGAAGUGAUUCAUUGCAGCCAGAAAUGUGCCAGGCUGAUCAUACCAGAAAUACAUGGAACCAAGUUUUACCUUAUCUACUUAUUUUGAUGUAUAAGAAUCUUUGAGAUAUUAUAAUAAUACAAUACAAUACUCUCUUUUGUCCUCUCUGGACAAUUAUGCCAAUGCGCAUUUCAUACUGCAGAGUCAAUAAAAGCAUACACGGCUGUAUGAACUACAUAUAUAACUUUGGAAAGACAAAAGUUGUUCUGCGAUAUCGACAGGCAUCUAGUUCAAUGCCUUAAGUUUAACUUCUAUACACUUACAGUAUAAAAAUAACUACAGGUGACAGUCCAUAAUAAAUAGGAUUAUUAACCUGAAAAAUAAGGCAGGUAACUUGCUAUGAGAAACAUCCAGUUCAAUGCCAAUGCGUUAGCCUUCUUUCUCUUGUGGGUCAUAAAGGUUGGGAUUCAAGACAUUAAUGAGCAAAAAAACGACUAAACCAACUUAAAGAAUUUACGAACUGCUCUCCAAUCCUAUUUGGCACAUCAAGGAAACAUCAUUUGAUCAACUUUUAAGUUGCAAGAAGCUCCUGUCUUUAAAGACCACCCAAUCCAAUAUAUUCCAAGUAAGAUCAGUUGCUAAAGAAUGUAUAUUUGCCAACUUGCCAAGUGAUGCAUUCUUGAAUUUGAUCAAAAUCUAUCAGCAGUUACUGCAAAUCUCAUCUAAUGCAGUUAGUUAAAUCAUACAGUAUAUUGUUUUUCCAUAACCAAGAUUUGGCUUGACACUAUACUCAUCCUUUAAAUUUGUCCAUUGUACUUGUAGACAAAGCAGUCUAAGGCUCUCAGCCAGACAAACUGCAACUAAAGAAGAUAAGGUGUUCCGGAAUUCGUCUAUAUCACUCAGAAAUAGACAAAUGCCACUGGAAACAUAUAUAUGAUUGACAUGUAAAAGAAAUGGAAAUUCCAAACUAAUAUAAAAGUCUUCCUUAAUCACAAAAACAUCACCGAGCUAACAGCUAACCUCAGAUGCAACUGCUUUAGUCCUCCACUUAUUUUCUCAUAAACGUCAAUUAAAUGUAGAGGAGGAAAAGGACAGAAUGAGGUAUCAGUCAUGAUAAAUGAUCUCACAACAAUUUCUUUCUAAAAUCGCACUAUUUCACGAAUUAAUAAUUUAUUAUAUAAACAUUACUAAUUUUUUCGUUCUCAUCACUAAUUUGUAAUGCUUACUGGCUCUAACCAUAAGGAACUCCAGUUUCAACCUAAUAAUAAACUAAACAAAGUCAAAUGCUAAGUUUCCUAAAUAAUUUUAUUAUUUCAAUAUCAAACUAUCUAAUCCACAAAGGUUAAAAUGAUUUCCUCCUCAAAACUAUAUUUAUAUAAAAGAAUUUGACAAGAAACCUGAAAGUAAACCUUGAACCUGCCAGAGCAUCUCUACAGACACCGCCCUAAUGUCAAAUUAUAUAUUUCACAUAUUUGUAUUUCUAAACAUAAUCUAUGCAAAGAGUAGUUUUUUUUUACUUAGCGAAUUCAAUUGAACUCUCUUUGCACAACAUGGAUCCGUCGAAGUUAGAUGACUAGCACAUUUGUAAUGGAAAUGAUAAAGACUAAGUUAUUCUAGCAUGUUUUCGCAUGUCCACAAAGUUGACUUGGAAAUACAAAGCUUCAAAGAGAAAUCCACAUUACAAGAAGGCCAAAUAUAGCAAUUUUGUAAAGGAGCUCAAAACUAUACCAAAAUGUUUGAACUGGGAAAAUCUCAGGAAAAAAAAGAAGAAAGAAUAACAAUAAGAAAGGGUGAGAGGAGCUCUAACAGCACCUCCUUGUACUACUCAGACAUUAGAGAAUGUUACACCUAUCCUCUCGGUUGUUGUAAUAGUUUCCAAAGUGGUUUAAAAGGACCUGGGCUGCUCCACCCUAUUGCCUUAAGGUUUUGGGUUAGAUGCUCAGCAGGGGCAGAAGGGGGCCGAAUUACACUGUAUAUAUAAGGCAAAAUCUGUUUUUUACCUCUAUAUAUAUCCCCGUGACAUAGCUCAAAAGUGUAGCUUAGUGGUCAAGCGGGUUCAAAACCUUUGUAAGGUCAUAGGUUCAAUUCCUACUAGCUACAAUCUUUUUUAACUUUUUUCUUUUUGAACCCCCUUAGCGGUGAUCCUGCCUCCGCCACUGAUGCUCAGAUUCCUUAUUAGAUAGUCCCCUCCCCGCAGAUAAAUAACAUAUUAGAGUUGUUCAGUAAGAUCAUCAUAAUCAGUAAUCAUUAUUACAUUACACCAUAUCCAGGCCAUGUUACUUUCAACUGCUGUACAGAGUUAGGACAACAUCCCUUAUGUCUAGCUGUUGAGACUGGCAAUUUGAAAUAGGUAUCUUAACUAUUGUCAAAUUUUGGAGGACAGAUGCAUUUUAGUAAUAUCAACCUAACAUUUUUUAAAAUAAGGAAAUGCCUGGAAGUGUAAUUUUCUGCAAUCAAUGAGGAUAAGAUUCUUCAGUUCAUAUACAUGCCCAGAACACAGUACAACAACUGCAGGAAACAUCACAGCUGCAAGGAAAACAGUUUUGACCCCAUCACUUUCAUCUUCUAAUUGAUUAUCCAUGACAUAAGAAAGGGAAAAGGCCAAAAUCGUGUAACAGAUUUUACAUAAGCCAUUAACUGACCUUUCUUUUAUUAGCCAUCUUGAGAAUACUAUAUAUAUCCCCUUCUAUGCCUUCAACUAUACCAGUCCACAGGGAGAACCAAGAAAAGAAAACUAGUAAUCCAAGAACUUCAAGUUUUCAACAGAAAGCGAAUAUGAAGGGAAUCAUCAUUUCAGCAAUUGCAGUGUUGGCCAUGAUUCAGUUCAUGGUUGAGCCAGGACAGGCUCUUACUUGUGGUCAAGUGGAUGCUUCUUUAGCACCAUGUAUCCCUUACCUUACUCAGGGUGGUGAUCCAAGUGCAGCUUGCUGUAUUGGUGUGACGGCAUUGAAAGGUAUGGCUCAAAACACUGCUGACAAGAGGGCCGCAUGUAAUUGUGUCAAGGCUGCUGCAAACCGGUAUGCAAACUUGAAGGAAGAUGCUGCCCAGGCUCUCCCUAACAAGUGUGGUGUAACACUGGACAUUACUGUCUCUAAGAGCGUCAACUGUGACAUGUAAGAUUUAUUUUCUGGUUUUCAAGAUGAUUUUCACUUUUCGUGUAAUUCUUCAACUACAUGCACUUUUGAGUUCUUACUGGUUAUAUUAUUAUCAUCCAUUUGCAGGAUCAACUGAGAUUAAGAUCAUUGAUGAUGACAGUGUGGAAGGAAUAAAGAAAGGAAGACUCACCAACUUCAUAUUUUGUUCUAUCUUUUUUCAAAUAAUAGUCCAAGUGAUGAGAGAACUGCUUGUAAUGAUCAAAGCUUUACCGAGCAUAAAUUGUUUCUGCAAUUUCCCAAGAUUAUUGAACUGUGACAUGGACACUUUGAUAGUUUAUUUUGGCUUCAUCCUCUUUCAAAAGAUUGAUCAUUUACUAUGUCCCUCAUCCUCUGAAGUAUUCAUCC